AUGAAUCCCUACGUCAACUGUUCUGGCCCCGAGUUCUCCCUGUCCCAGCGAGACUUUCCUGUGGAGCCCAUCAGCCCUGAUCUCUGCAAUAGGAUUCACUCAGAGACCUUGUUCGACCCCAAGGAUGCCAAUCUGACGGAGGAGCAGCUGCGGGAUAAGUACCUGGGACCCCGACGGUCCAGCUUCUUUGUCCCAGUCUGUGUCAUCUACCUGCUGAUCUUUGUGGUGGGAGCAGUGGGCAACACGCUCACCUGCAUCGUCAUCCUCCGGCACAGGUUCAUGAGGACGCCGACCAACUACUACUUGUUCAGCUUGGCCGUGUCCGACCUGCUGGUGCUGCUGCUGGGGAUGCCACUGGAGCUGUACGACCUGUGGAGCAACUACCCCUUCCUGCUGGGCGCCAGUGGCUGCUAUUUCAAGACGUUGCUCUUUGAGGCCGUCUGCUUCGCCUCCAUCCUUAAUGUCACAGCCUUGAGCGUGGAGCGCUACAUCGCCGUGGUGCACCCACUCAAGGCCAAGUAUGUGGUGACCAGGAAUCACGCCAAGAGGGUCAUCGUCACCAUCUGGGUCUUGUCAGUCGUCUGCUCCAUCCCAAACACCAGCCUCCAUGGGCUGCAGUCUCUUUAUGUGCCUGGCCGAGGGCAGGUGCCUGAUUCAGAGAUCUGCACCCUGGUGAAGCCGCGCUUGACCUACAACCUCAUCAUCCAGAUCACCACCAUUGUCUUCUUCUUCUUGCCCAUGGGGACCAUCAGCAUCCUCCACCUGCUCAUCGCCCUGCAGCUCAAGAAAGAAAAGAUGCUGGAGGCCUUGGGAGCCAAAUCUGGUGGUGGCUGCUACUGCCACAACACCCAGGGGCAGAAGAAAGUCAAGAGGAGGCAGGUCACAAAGAUGCUGUUUGUGCUGGUGGUGGUGUUCGGGAUCUGCUGGGCCCCCUUCCACACCGACCGCCUUGUCUGGAGCUUCAUCUCCACCUGGACCAGCCACAUGCUCCACAUGUUCCAGUACGUCCACAUCAUCUCGGGCGUCUUCUUCUACCUGAGCUCGGCUGCCAACCCAAUCCUCUACAACCUGAUGUCCACCCGCUUCCGGGAGAUGUUCAAGGAGGCGAUGUGCCACUGUGGCCACCACCCGCUGCAGUCACGGAAAUACUCGCCCAGUGUCACCCGUGCCACCACCCGCAGCACCGAGUGCGAGCCCAUGCCUGGUGCCAAUGGGCUGCCCCUCUCCGAUGCCAAGGAGCACAAGCUGGAGGAGGUGGAGAGGGGCCAGGCCACCACCCAAACAACAUCCCUCUGCUGA